CACAGUUCAUAUUUUCAUCUCCCCUCUCGGCUCUUUCUCUCCAAAAACCGAGCACGAAUUUGGAUUCAAUAUUUGGACCAUCAAAAGUUUGAUUUGUUCCAUAGAUCUUGAAGAGCCAGAAUGCCACGUCGUGGAAAAAGUAGCAAACCAAGCUAUGGCCGGACGACCGGUAGUCCGUACAUCCACAAGCCGCUUCCUAGCGGUGUUCCAGUACCUAUGUGCUUUUGUGGUGAUCCUUGCAAGGUAGAAAUUUCGGAAGACGAGGAAACCUAUCGGCAGAGGUAUUGGAUGUGUUCGAAUUUUGCCUGGGAGCCUACGCCAAAACAACGCCGCAGUAACUUUAUUACCCCUCCACCAUUGUGUGAUUUUGAGCAGUGGAUCGACACUGAGGUUAAGGAGUCCGACAAGCGGCUUCUACAAGGCCUAAAGGAGUGGGAUGCAGAGCGUGCAGAGAUAUUAGAGAAGAGACGUAGAGAGGAGGCUCAAAAGAGGGAGCACAAGGAAGAGGAGGAAAGAAGACGUGUUGCUGCGGCUCGGGAUUAG